AUGGCCCCCUCACUUGGCGACAUGGAGCCCGCGGAAGCGGAGUCCGCGUACUUCAAUGAAUACCCACCGCCAAAGGCGCUUCCCAAUCACGAAGCGCUGGCCCGCGCGUUCAUCGAGCGUCAUGUGGAAGCCAACCGGCGCGUGGUACUCGUGACCUCUGGUGGAACAACGGUGCCUCUGGAGACACAGACCGUGCGAUUCAUCGACAAUUUCUCCGCCGGUACCCGUGGUGCCACGUCCGCGGAGUACUUCCUCGAGCAAGGAUAUGCGGUAAUCUUUCUGCAUCGCCAGUACAGUCUCCUGCCGUACUCGCGACACUACAGUCACUCCACAAAUUGUUUCUUGGAUUUCAUGGAUGAGGCGCCGCCUACGUCCGAGUCAGAAAAUCCCGAUCAUGGCCGCAUCGUGGUGCGUAGCGAGUACCAAGACGAGAUGCGCGAUGUGCUGCGUAAAUAUCGCUAUGCCAAGCAAAAUAAUUUGCUGCUGUUGCUCCCAUUCACCACCGUCUCCGAAUACAUGUUCGAGCUGCGGUCAUUAGCAAAGCUGAUGCGCCCGUUGGGUCCCAAUGCGCUUUUCUAUCUCGCGGCCGCAGUCAGCGACUUCUUCAUUCCUCAUAACCGCAUGGCCGAACACAAGAUCCAGUCCUCCGAAAUCCCAAGUUGCUUCGAUAAGGAAAGUGCCAUUGGGUCGGAUGAAAUCUACACCGGCGAAAACGAAAACGAGCCACCGAGGAGUCACAAGAAGCUUGUCAUUGACCUCGACCCGGUCCCCAAGUUCCUGCACCGCCUCGUCGAUGGCUGGGCUCCUGAUGGAAGUAUGGUCGUCUCGUUCAAGCUCGAGACAGACCCCACGCUGCUCGUAUACAAAGCGAAGACGGCACUCCAACGGUACUCGCACCAUCUGGUGAUUGGCAACCUGCUGUCUACGAGAAAGUGGGAAGUUGUUUUCAUUACGCCCGACCCGCCAUACGAGAAAUGGAUUCGCGUCCCCAAAGCUCGGCGCAGCAAGAGUAUUUCUGGCGUGGAGGAUCAAGUUGGACUGGCUGAGAUCAAAAAAGGCCGCUCUGCGCCAGCCCCAGAGGCAGACCAGCCUCCUCCGCUCCAAGCUGGAGGGGGCCUCGAGAUCGAAAGUAUUAUCAUCCCGGAAUUGGUUAAACUGCAUGAAAACAUGAUUAAGAAGACGACAAAUGCUUCAUAG